AUGCAGGACGAACAUAUGGAUGUAAUAGCAUCAGGCGAUAGACAUGCAGAUGCCGAACACAUCAAUAGGCGCAUACUUUACAAUAUUCCUGACGAGUUGCAGGAAUCAAACGGCCCAAAAGAGUCGGAAGAGCUUCCAGAGGCUCCUACCAAACAAGCGCCAGAGCCAGGCGCCGCACCGGCGAUGCCGACCUUGGAACAUGGUGAUUCAAUUCGCUUCGAUGCCUUGCACCUAGAGGGUGGGCCCAUCACGCAACUCUCUACGUCGCGGCUGAUGGCGUUUGUUGCUUACUCAGGCGCACAUGCGAAAGGGAUCGAAUGGAUCAAUGACACUCGCUGUGUCAUUGUCUUCAAUUCAUACGAACGUGCGGUGGAAGGGCUACGACAUUUGUGCUAUGAGGCCGUCGAGGAUGCUCUUAUACCAUCUGAGUCCGGCUCACUUGACUCAGAAUCUAUGCUGUUGCGCCCGCGACUUGUCAUGGCCUUUCCCCACAAACUUUACAACACCAUGGAGCAGCAGGCUGCUCAGGAAAUCCCUCAUCUAAUCUCGAAGCUUGAGGAAGAGCGGGCACGGCUAGACGAUGCAGCUGAGCCUGUGCCCGAGAUUUAUCGUGAUAUGGAGCUUGAAGAGGCCGAACGACGGAUCUUUUCCCAAGAUCACCUAAGAGUAAGGCAGCUUCGACAAAGUCUCUGGCUUCGAUUUGCUCUGCAAAAUCAUGAUACAAAAUCGCCCCGAUCAGCAUCUCGCAGUAACUGGUACAAGCAACACGGCCGUGGGGCUGGCAAGGACAUCGUCACACGACUAUUAGACGUAGGCGAUGCCUCAUCGUCUCAGCCGCGUGGCCGAAGCUCAAGACGCGAGCGGCGCGAACUAUUCGACAAAGGGACGACUGCAGAGUCGUUGAAGGAAGAGGAAGACUAUACACCACUGUCGUUGCGCGAUCGAAUUAGCGGCCGGUAUGAUCGUGACUGGAAUACAGAUCACGAUCCGAAUCCAUAUGAAGGACAGCAAAGUCGCGAACGUUCGGCAUCACCGGAGUCACAUGGGGGGCUACGAAUCCGUGGUCGUGGAUCUCGGCGUGCGCAACAUUCGCGCAUGCAUGGCUGGAACGAUGAUGAAUAG